CAUGGCGUCACGAUUGACGUUUCGCAUUCCAGCCGCUCUAUGGAGAGGCCGCUAGGGCUGCUCUCACAUAAAUGACGUUCGGAGGCACGGAGCGGGAGAGCAGCGCGGAGAGGCGCCUCCGUCCUCUCUCUGCCCCGCCGCACGCGCCCCGCACGGCAGCCCCCGGGUACCCCGCGGCCGCAGCCGCCGCCCGGCAGCCCCUGGCGGCUCCGCUCUGCCUCGCCUCGCCUCGCCUCGCCCGGCGGGGACCGGCUGCCGGGGCUCCCCUUUUUUCCAUGACUCGGGAUAACGCGUCCUCCUCCUCCGGAGCCUCUUCCACCACCGCCGCAGCCUCCGCCGAGCCCCGCGGUGCUCCCGUCGCCGCCCGGCCGCUGGACAGCGCCCGCUCGCCCCGGUGAGGAAGCGGCCGCCGGGGACCCCGAUGUAAAGACGGAACCGACACAGCAAGCGACGCCCGGGUCGGAAGAGCGCCCCCCGCCGAGGCCAGCCUCCCAAGCAGCCUCCGCAGAGAGGUCCCAGCCGGCACGGAGCCCCCCGCCGCCGCCGCCGCCGCCGCCGCCGCCGCCGCCCGGUGCCGCCCGCCCCACCAGCCCCACCAUUCAGCGCGCAAGAUACCCGCCAGGUAAGCAGCCGCCGAGGAAGAGGAGAGGUGCGAGGUCCCCUACUCCCUCCCCGGGCUCCCCUCUUUAAGGGGGGGUCGCCCCCGAGCGCCGUGGAAGGAGCGGAUCGGCAGCCGCCGGGUGGGAUGCUGGAGGCUCCGGGAGGAGCGCUGGCUCGGCGCAUCCCUCAUGCCGAGCUCUCUCUCGCAAGGAUGCCGCUAAUAGGAUGAGAAGAAUAACUCCGAAUAUUCCUGCCCUGAUUUUUCACUCCUUCCGCCGGGCUUUGAUGACAUACCGCCCAUCAGCGAACCUCCUGUAUCGUUUUUUUUUAUCAUUAUUUUUUAUUUUUUUCCUAACAUUGUUGGGUCAAGAAGAGAAAAUCCCAGGUUAUUUACUUUGCGGGGUGAUUAAUGUCGGUGCCCCGAGUGGAAAAGUAGGGGUUAGGAUUAGUCAGAGGAAGGUGCUGGCAGAGGGCGAAGUAGGAGGAGUUGUGCGGAGCGCACCAGACCUUUACGUUGGGGAUAUUUUUUCUGUCCUCAGGUCAGACUUAUUUUAGACGUAGGCUUUCUCAGCCCACUUUGAGCAGAAUUCAGGGCCCUAACCCUGCCAUGCUCUCCUUAACUCUCCUGCUAAGGAGAUAAAAAACCAAAACCCCAAACCUGUAGCGCUCUGUUUCCCUGAAUCCCUGCUCAUUUUCUGAGCUCGCAAGAAGCCUUUUUUCCUUCAUGGGGCUGCAUAUCAGCGCGUCCACUUGUGACAUUAUCUGCCCGCUCGUUCAGUUGUGUUCCUCAGUGGAAGCGCGUGGAAGGAAUUGCUUUCCCUUUCUAUCCGAUUAAGCACUGAUCAGUGCAUUUUAGCAGGCAGUCCUUAAGCUAAACAAAUGAUAGUAAUAGAGCUUGGCAUGAAAUGUGUGUGCAUGGAACGGCACGGAUGCAGAUAUUGAUAGGAAAAAGAGACCUUUGUGGGAAGAUACAUAAAUAAGAUCGGGAGGCAAGGCUUGUGGAAGUGUUGAAGUGUUGUCCUGCUAUCUUUUUUUCUUUAAAUACGUGGAUUUGCAAGCAGAAAGGUCUUCGCAAUUUCAGAAAACAGCACUAUUUUUUCUCCCACUUUCUGAUGUUUUCUCGAAAAGAAGGAAGAUCUGAAUACUCUGUGACAACACGAUAAUUGAAAUCUGGUGCUUGGUUUACAUUUAUCUGCAAAGCAGGCAGGGAAGAAUGGAAAGUUGAUCUGACACCUAUUAUUUGGAUCCUUGCACGGCAGGUUCCAGUGAAUAUUUAAAAGUUAUAAGUGAAGGGAGUUCUUAAAAUACAGAGGAAAACCCCAUUAUUUUUAAUACAGCUUUUUUUUUUUUUUUUUAAUAUGAAUUCUCUAUCGAGUACUUUAGGAAUAUAAAUUACCACAAUUAAGAAGAGGUGAACUGCACUGACUUUUGAUAUACACUUUCUCCAUAUUUACUUUUCUGAUCUCUUUAUGAGAGUAUUUGUGCUAAUUGAUGCAUUUUAUUCCUCUGCCGCAGAACCAAAGCACAUCAUGCACCUUUAGUCUGGGUUGCAAAUUCUGGGCUAGAGUCUCACGUUGUUUGGCCAGGUGAACCUCAGGUGGAUUGCAGCAUUGGCUCCAUUAUUUCUUGAGAGCAACCAAGGAAAUAGUGGAUUAGUAGGAAAUGUAAAAGGAAAAAAAGUCUUUGCAGGUACUGUGUUGCUGAAACCCUCCUGGCUACCAGUGAACCACAUUAACUUUUACGACUAAUGGACAAAAACAAUUAUAUCGUCGCUUUCUUUUAAAAACAGAAAUGCCCCUUACUUUUUCUCUUACAUUUUUGCAAAUUUAGGGAUAUGUUGUACCGCUCGCUUUUUUUAGGAGAAUGUUCCACUACAGAUAAGCCUCAAAAGUAGCAGCUAGACACCAGCCCUGAGUUAUUAGCUGACCAGAAAUAUGCUUUGAAGGCCCAGAGCCGAGUAAGCAAAAUUGAUGUUUGCAAGUCUUAAGUAGCAAAUACUGUGAUUUGAGCUGUUCCUCUGACACCCGCUGUAGAUGCUGUUCCUUUUAAACUAACUCUCGGUUUUAGUAUUAUGCAUUUGGUAAUCUAGUUUACCCUUCAUGAAAAUUUUAUGGCAUGGUCGCACGCAUACAGAGAUAGAUUUAGAGCUAUAAACCAUUCCCAUUCUGCUUAUCUAAUUCUCAUUGACACCUAUGUAUAUUAAGCAGCGGAUCUAGGGCAGGCUGGAGAUGGAUUCUCCUCUCGCUGACACUGGUAUAAAUUCGAGUGGCACCAGCGAGCGGAAGAGAGCUCCCUAAUACCUAAUGCUCAGUCGAUCCCUGAUACACGUUCCUCGUCAAAAACUUGCGCUUAAUUUGUGGUUCCCAUGUCCAGGCGAGAGUGGGAGUCAGGUGUCUGACCGAGCCCCACGAAAUGUGGGAAAGCUUGUCGGAAAGAGGUUAGCGAGGGUCUGGACUGUGGCCUCAGCACGUGGGGCUUGGUGUUAACGUCCCCCUUUGCCCUUGCAGAUAUGCCCUGUGUGCAAGCGCAGUAUAGCCCUUCACCGCCCGGUUCGAAUUAUGCAGCUCAGACCUACGCGUAUGGCUCGGAGUACAGCUCGGAGAUCAUGAACCCUGACUAUGCCAAGCUGACCAUGGACCUGAGCAGUACCGAGAUCACUGCCACCGCCACCACCUCCCUUCCCAGCUUCAGCACCUUCAUGGAGGGUUACUCCGGCAGCUACGAGCUAAAGCCUUCCUGCCUCUACCAAAUGCAAUCUGCCUCCUCCAGCCAGAGGCCCCUCAUCAAGAUGGAAGACGCCCGGCUUUCCACCUACCAGCCCUCGCUGCCGCCCUCCACGGACGAGGGGAUGCCCAGCACCUCCAUGUACUUCAAGCAGUCGCCGCCCUCCACGCCCACCACACCAGGCUUCCCCCCGCACCAGAGCCUGUGGGACGAGCCCCCGCUGCAGCCCACCCAGACCUGCCUGCCUCCCGGCCACCUGAUGGAGGCUGCCCCCAUGAAGACUGUGCCUCCGCGCUUCCCCCUCUUCCACUUCAAGCACUCACCCCCGCACACACCGGCGGCGGCCGCCCACAUGUGCUACGAGCCGGCAUCCUUGAGCCUCCCCCUGGGCCCCGACAGGCCGGCGGCCGGGCAGGCCCCCAUGGAGAGCCACUCGUACGGCCUUCCCCUGGCCAAAAGACCAGCCACCUUAGCCUUCUCCCCGCUCGGCCUCAACGCGGCCACCUCCAGUCUGAUGGGGGAGGCCAGCAGCGGCGGCAGCGGCCUCCCCUCCCCGCCCAGCAGGAGUUCCUCGUCUGGGGAGGGCACAUGCGCCGUCUGCGGGGACAACGCCGCCUGCCAGCACUACGGCGUGCGGACGUGCGAGGGCUGCAAGGGCUUUUUCAAGAGAACAGUGCAGAAAAACGCAAAAUAUGUUUGUCUGGCAAAUAAAAACUGUCCAGUGGACAAGAGACGUCGUAACAGAUGUCAGUACUGCCGGUUUCAGAAGUGUCUCAGCGUCGGCAUGGUUAAAGAAGUCGUCCGCACGGACAGCCUGAAAGGGAGAAGAGGUCGGCUGCCUUCCAAACCAAAGAGCCCCUUGCAGCAAGAACCUUCUCAGCCCUCCCCGCCUUCUCCUCCCAUCAGCAUGAUGAACGCCCUCGUCCGAGCUUUAACCGACUCCACGCCCAGGGAGCUUGACUAUUCAAGAUACUGUUCCACUGAUCAGGCUGCUGCAGGCACAGAUGCAGAACAUGUACAACAGUUCUAUAAUCUUCUGACUGCCUCCAUUGACAUAUCUAGAGGCUGGGCAGAAAAAAUUCCAGGAUUUACUGACCUCCCAAAAGAAGAUCAGACAUUACUCAUAGAAUCAGCUUUUUUGGAGCUGUUUGUACUAAGACUCUCCAUCAGGUCUGAUACUGCUGAGGAUAAGUUUGUAUUCUGCAAUGGACUUGUGCUUCAUAGACUUCAGUGCCUUCGUGGAUUUGGGGAGUGGCUCGACUCAAUUAAAGACUUUUCCUUAAACUUAAAGAGCCUUAACCUUGAUAUCCCAGCCUUAGCAAGUUUAUCAGCUCUAACUAUGAUUACAGAACGACAUGGCUUAAAAGAACCAAAGAAAGUGGAAGAGCUAUGCAACAAGAUCACAAGCAGUUUGAAAGAUCACUUAACUUUCAGUUGCCAAAACAAAGGACAGCCGCUCGAGUCCGCAGAGCCUAAGGUACUGGGUGUUCUUGCUGACUUGCGCUCUCUCUGCACACUGGGACUGCAGCGCAUCUUUUACCUGAAACUGGAAGAUUUGGUGCCAGCCCCUUCCAUUAUCGACAGGCUGUUUCUGGACACCCUACCCUUCUGAGUCCAGCCACCCUCCUGAAAGGCAAAUGCCCACCAGAGCAGGCAAAUGGAUCGUGACUUACAGCUAACAUUUCUGCCCUCACUUAACAGAAAAGCAGCUCCAGCUCUAAAAUGAGGUCUUUUCUGGCGCUUUGACCUUACAACCUGAGGCCUAAAACUUACUGGCUUACUGUUUGGGGGUUGUGUUCUUUUUUUUUUUUUUUUUUUUUCCUGUUGUUGUUGUUGGGGUUUUUUUUGUGUGUGAUUUGGGUUUUUUAAAUGGCUAAUAUGGCACUUUUGGACAAUGCUAUCCCAGCAGCAGUAAAAGCUUAACAUGACUGUUUCAAACCUGUUGUUUAACACCUCAUGGGACAUGAGGAAUAAAAUGGUAGAAGCUGUGUGUUUGAAAACAAGAACAGCAAAUAGUUGUUUGCCAGGGUAGUAUGUGUUUUGUGACGAUACCUUUAGCAUACUUCCUGCAUCAAGGGCACAUACAUCAGCACAAUCAAAACAAAAAAAUUCACUUUUUUAGCAAAGUACAUUCAAUUGAACAUUUCAUAUAAAUCCAAUAUAGCAAAAUGACAAUGGCUGUUAGCUCCCAUGUUCAAGUGCAAUUUUUUAAAGUGCUGUCUUACUAAGUCUUGUUUAUUAACUAAUUUAUUUUAAUAUGAAAAUAAAUGGAAGAAACCAAGUGAGAAAAUUACGUGCACUAACUUACCAUGACAGAGUUUUCCAAACUUGAUUCCAUGUAGCGUGACUUACUGACAAAUGUCUGUGGAAGACACAGGAACGACUGCAGCUCAGUUGUUCCCUAGACAAGGACAUCCGAGUAAGUAGUGGCUGGAGCAUACAGGGUCAGCAUCAGGGAUAGUUCACUUUUAGACUUUAACGUUUGUAACCGGUUAGUAAACAGACGCACGAUGGUUUUAAAGAACAAGCAAGUCUUGUAAAAUAGUAUGAAUGUAAGUGCUAGGAAGGAUAUAGUGGGCUGCGUUUAAACAUUCCGUGUUCGUACUCCUUUUUGUAUGUUUAUACUGUUGAUGCCAUAUUAAUAUGAAAUAAUUUGUUGCAUAGUGUCUUUAUUUGUAUAAAUGUUUGUAUGCAUGGUAUAUUGUAUUGGCUUUGCCUGUAUUUAUUGCAAUGACUGCCAGCUCAUGGGAGCCCUGUUACACAGGAUAACAAAAUGGGGUGUUCACACUGACUCAGAUACACCAGUUGGAAAACUAUAUACAUAUAUAUAAUGUGUAUAUAUAUAUAUGUAUAUACCUAUAUUUGUGUGUGUGUGCGUGUGUGCGUGAGCGUGCGCGUCUUUUUAUUAACCAUUUGUAUAUAAAAUAUCUGUCAAAUCACAAGCAGAGUUAUUUUACAGUUUAUUUGCAGUGACUUCUAAGGCAGUACUGUUUAGCACUUUGAUAUUAAAAUCUUGCUCAUGUUUUGCUAAAUUCAAAUAAUAUUUAAAAACUUUAGUUCUAAAAAACUUUAUAUGCACUGUAUUAAGUCAAAAUUUUGUUGGUCAUUUUGCUAAGGAAAUUUUUGAAUGUCAACCUGAUGUCACUGUAUCUUUUGUUAGCUUUAAACAUUCUAGCUUUUGUCUUUUUUUAAACUAUGCUGUUUAUAUGGAAAUUAAAUUAUACAAUCAAACAGAUGCCAAAUGAAUUGCCUAAUUGCUGCAAAGGAUAACCCAGAUAUCGAGUCACUGUAUGGUUUUCAAAUAGUAAUCUGGUAUUUUAUCACUUACUAUGUUUGGAUGUGCUUUUAUGAAAAAAUUAUUCUUAUAUCAAGAUUUAUAGUAGUGUCAAUAGGGAAACAGACUUCUAAUCACUAUAGUUAAUAUUUCCGGUUUACCUGCAGAUAAUAUUUGGAAAAGUAUUGCUUUUUGUAUUGACUUUUAAGCUUAUGUGCAAACAUAAUAGCAUAAUUAAAUAUCAGAGAAGCUAAUGUUUCUUGUAGGUUGCUGUAACAAGCCUGACCAGCAAGACAAAUAU